UCUAUUUUUCUCAAACAAAACUUAACUUUUUCUUUUUUCCUGCCACACUUCAGAUUGUACUGCCACACUUCAUCCUGAUCCUACCCACACCCACUACUAACAAACUAAGCAACAACAGAAAAUGACCGAGUUGAUCCCUGAUCUUCCAGAAGAAAUAGCACUAGAUUGUCUAACUCGACUUCACUACACAACUCACCCAGUUGCAUCCCUAGUUUGCAAAAACUGGAACCAUCUUCUUCAAAGCAAACAUUUUUACUAUCACAGAAAGCAAUCUUCACAGACCCAUAAAGCUGCUUGCUUAAUUCAAUUACUUCCUGCUAUCUCUGCUUCUAAACCGGUUUGCCCACCCAGAUAUGGAGUUACCCUAUGUGACCCAAUUAAUGGUAUUUGGGAACGAUUCGAGCUGGUUCCGGAGUACCCAGAUGGGUUACCUUUGUUCUGCCAAGUUACUAGCUCUGAAGGUAAACUUUUAGUCAUCGGUGGGUGGGACCCGGUGAGUUAUGAGCCAGUGAGUUAUGUAUUUGUGUAUGAUUUCAUAACUGGGAUAUGGAGGCAAGGCAAGGAUAUGCCUGAGAGUCGGUCCUUUUUCGCUGUAGGUGAGUUAAAUGGGCGGGUUAUAAUUGCUGGCGGACAUAACAUGAAUAAAACCGCGUUGAGUUCUGCAUGGUCUUAUGACGUGAGUCAGGACGAGUGGACGGAGUUGCCACGGAUGAGUCAGGAGCGAGAUGAGUGUGAAGGGGUUGUGAUUGGGUCUGAAUUCUGGGUUGUGAGCGGAUAUCAAACUGAUAGUCAAGGAAGAUUUGAAGGCAGUGCCGAGGUGAUCGAGUCGGGGGCGAGUGAAUGGAGGCGCGUUGAAGAUGCAUGGAAAGAUGCGGCGGUGAACCGGAGUCCAAAGUCGUGCAUUGGGGUGGAUAAAGGAGGGAAAUUGUUAAGUUGGGCCGAGGCAGAUUCAGAAGUUAAAUUUGGGGCAUGUGGGGUCCAAAGUGGUGAAUGGGCUUUAGUGAGUGGAUCAGCUUAUCAAGGUGGGGCACAAGGGUUUUUUCUAAAGGAGGGGCAAGAUGGGAAAUGGAAGAGGUUGAAUGUUCCAGAAGAAUUUUCAGGGUUUGUACAGUCUGGUUGCUCUGUCGAGAUAUAAAAUAAAUCAAAGCUUUGUUGUGAAAGAAAGGACUUUUGGUUGAAGAACCAAGGGAGUGACUUCACUUUUUGUGUAUAAUAAGUAGAAACAGAACUGUACUUCGCCUUUUCAAAACUAUCAUUUCUAUCUAUUUUAUCAAAAUCAACCGGUCAAUAGACUAAUAUAAUAAAUUAAAAGUGUUUAUUUUUA